AUGCGGGCACAGGGUCUUCAGUCUGCUGGAGAACAACACGGUCUGGUCUCUCAUGCUGAGACAGUAUCCGCACUUCUUGGCUCUGCUCUACUCUUCUUUCGCUCGUGCCCGGCUUCGGGUGGAGAUACGCAACCAAGAUCGCAGAGAGCAGUAAGCUUGGAAAGCUUCGAGGAGAGCGAAUUUACGCAGUACACCCAUUUUAUUGGCGCGCUUUUGCUGCGAGGCCAUGACCGCCGUCAGGUUACAGAGUAUUUUGGCUACGAUCCACUCCUGGCUGGUCAAAAUGUGCGGAAUAUCCUGCAUCAUAUGCAAUAUCCGACCAGGAUUCCUUCCGAUGCAUCGCUCUCGUCUCGUGGCGGGCGGGACCUCCAUCCCCCUCCUCCACUCCUCCCUCCACUCCUCUCCCCACGCAUCCGCCGUCCAGUGGGCCGCUGCGCUGUUCUUCCGAGUCGAGACCUCACAGGACUCCAGGAGUGGGUGCCUUUAUGCCGGAAGAGGCAAAACGUGGAGAUGGAAAAUGAGUUUGUCAAACUUGACACUGUUGACAGCCCGACCCGAGCGGCGCUGGCUCUGGCGCUCGGAUACUUUGCCAAAUGAUAAUUGCUCGAGCUAUUUUUUCUUCUUUUUUCUUCUUUUUUCUUCUUUUUUUUUGGGUGGUUUUUUGUGGUUUCUAUCUCCCGGUAGUUAACUAACAAUGAUGAUAUAAUAAAU